CCCCCUGACCAAGUUUCCCUCCAUGCGGCGAGUCCUGAACGAGGUGGGGAGUGAGAUCCCAGACAUGAAUGCCAUCACCAACCUCAUCAAAUUCAGGCUGGGCUUCAGUGACGUGGCUGAGCCCACUCCAGAGAUCCUGAAGAACUACAUGGAUGCCCAGUAUUAUGGUGAGAUCGGCAUUGGGACCCCCCCACAAAUGUUCACUGUGGUCUUUGACACUGGCUCCUCCAACCUCUGGGUGCCAUCUGUGCACUGUCACCUCUUGGACAUCGCCUGCAUGCUGCACCACAAGUACGAUUCCUCCAAAUCCAGCACCUACGUGGAGAACGGUACCGAGUUUGCCAUCCACUAUGGGACAGGGAGCCUCUCUGGAUACCUCAGCCAGGACACUGUCACGCUUGGUGACUUGAAAAUCCAGAACCAGAUCUUCGCAGAGGCCGUGAAGCAGCCAGGCAUCACAUUCAUUGCUGCCAAGUUUGAUGGCAUCCUGGGCAUGGCAUUCCCAAGGAUUUCUGUGGACCACGUCACCCCUUUCUUUGAUAACAUCAUGAACCAGAAGCUGAUAGAGAAAAAUAUCUUCUCCUUCUACCUGAACAGAGACCCCACCGCUCAGCCUGGUGGUGAGCUGCUCCUGGGAGGGACUGAUCCCAAAUAUUACAGCGGUGACCUCAGCUGGGUCAAUGUCACACGCAAGGCCUACUGGCAGAUCCACAUGGAUGGGUUGGAUGUUGCCAACGGCCUGACUCUGUGCAAAGGGGGCUGUGAGGCCAUUGUGGACACAGGAACAUCACUCAUCACUGGCCCCACCAAGGAAGUGAAGGAGCUGCAGAAGGCCAUUGGUGCAAAACCACUCAUCAAAGGCCAGUAUGUGAUCGCCUGUGAUCAGGUGCCGUCUCUGCCUGUGGUCACACUAACACUAGGAGGGAAGCCCUACCAACUGACUGGAGAGCAGUAUGUCUUCAAGAUUACUGUGUCAGGAGAGACCAUCUGCAUGAGCGGUUUUUCAGGCCUGGACAUUCCACCCCCAGGGGGCCCCCUCUGGAUCCUGGGAGAUGUCUUCAUUGGCCCCUACUACACCGUCUUUGAUCGUGAUAAUGACUCUGUUGGCUUUGCCAAAUGCGUCUAAGCGCCUAACCCCACUGCCUCUCCCACACGCACUUACACA